AGCAAGAACACUCGAGAAAAUCACCAGCGUAAUUUGGAGAUUCUUAGAAAACAUGUCUCAACUUCUCAGUCGAGUCUUGAAGCCUCUUGUCUGCAAAAACGUCAUCAGACACAACAACCAGAUGGUUCGGUUGUUCUCAUCUAUGCAACAGAUGUACCCGUAUGUAUUAGUUGACCACGUCCUUAAGGUCGGAGAGGAAAUAAGAAACUCGAUCGGAUAUUCUUUGGAUCCUCUAAUCGAUGUUGGGAUUGGUACAAGUUCGGUACAGGAAAUCGUGAUUAAGGACAAGGAACUCAAGGAAGAUGUCCGUGAUGCAAUGAAUGUCCGAUAUUAUCAGAAUGAUGAUAGAUUUGAAGUUUCCAUGUAUAGCGAUCAAUCGUACCUCAGCGAUAUUGAUAACGUGCGUCUCCAUCUUUGUAUGUAUCACGAUCCUUUGAACCCUAACGCAAGUCCCAAGGAACUUCGGUUACCUUAUCUGCCCACAGGGACUCAAAUCCAAAACGUAGCCAUGUCCAUUUGUCAAAGAGAUGAAGACACAAACAUUGAAGACUUGGUUGUUGCUGUCAAGAUAAAGAUCUAUAGUCCAGCUUCUCAUGUCCAUGACUUUAGAUGGAUCGAUAUCGAAACCACAAAUGAGUCCAUAAGCCCAUUCUCUUGUCUCAUGCAUAAAGAUCAGAAGUUCUACAUUCCAACUCCUGGAGGUGAAUACUUGUGCUCUUUUGAUCCCAACGUCAAGGAGAAGGACAAGCCCGAGCUAAUCCGCUUGUGGACAAAUCCUCUUCCUUCAAGUUUGUUGUACGAUUUGUCCGACCUGGCGAUUAAGAGGAGCAGGACAGACCACCUGGUCGAGUCACCAACCGGCGAACAAUUCCACAUCAAGUACUACGGAGACCACAAGAAGCAUUACCAUUGUGAAAGCUUCGAGCAGAAAACAAAACGGUUCAUGGUGUUUAAAGAGGAAGGACCAUCAACGGAUAAAAAAGGGAAAAUGAUGUCUUACACAGAAGACAUUGGAGAUCUUUGUAUCUUUCUUGGACGUAAUGAAGCUUUCUGUGUCCAAGCAAGCUCGUCUCUAGGUCUUAGGCCAAACUGCAUCUAUUUUGUGGGUUACAACUAUGGAGUUUUCGGUAUCACCACACAACUUUGCACUAUCUUCACCACAAAGGAAGGUCCAUUAAGAUCCACUGAUUUUCCUUACUGGCAUCAUCCUCUUUCUAUCACUACUAAU